GAAAAAAAUGAUAUUUUCUAUAUGUUUUUUUAUAAAACUAUUUGGUGUCCAAAUACUAUAUCGCAUGAAAGAUGUUCUUGUCCUUAUAUGCAUAAUGUAUAAGAUUUUAGAAGAGAUCCUAAAAAAAUAAAUUUAGAACCGGAAUAAUGUAAAACUUGGAUUAAAGAAAAUAUUACUUAGUAUAUAGAUGGAUAGUGCGAAAAUUAAUAAAACUGCAGAUUUUGCCAUGGAUGGAAGGAAUAUGAUUAUCAUCCUUAAAUUUAUAAAACUAAAUAAUGUUAAAUCUCUAGUUGCUGUGUAUAAAAAGAAAAUAAAGAAUGUCAUUUAUAUCAUUCAGUAAAAGAUAAAAGUAAUAGUAAUAGUAAUAGUAAUAGUAAUAGUAAUAGUAAUAGUAAUAGUAAUAGUAAUAGUAAUAGUAAUAGUAAUAGUAAUAGUAAUAGUAAUAGUAAUAGUAAUAGUAAUAGUAAUAGUAAUAGUAAUAGUAAUAGUAAUAGUAAUAGUAAUAGUAAUAGUAAUAGUAAUAGUAAUAGUAAUAGUAAUAGUAAUAGUAAUAGUAAUAGUAAUAGUAAUAGUAAUAGUAAUAGUAAUAGUAAUAGUAAUAGUAAUAGUAAUAGUAAUAGUAAUAGUAAUAGUAAUAGUAAUAGUAAUAGUAAUAGUAAUAGUAAUAGUAAUAGUAAUAGUAAUAGUAAUAGUAAUAGUAAUAGUAAUAGUAAUAGUAAUAGUAAUAGUAAUAGUAAUAGUAAUAGUAAUUGUAAUAGUAAUAGUAAUAGUAAUAGUAAUA